UGCAGCUUUGCAGGGGGGCCCCCAGCUGCUGGUCUCCUUAGCGACCCAUGCUUGAUGGUCCAUCGUAAAGGCAUGAAAGAGAAGCGAGAGGAGAAAUGACCUGAUGGAGAUAGUGUUACAUGACAGUGAAUUCAAGUGAUGACACCUUUGUGCUUCUGUCUCUCAAACGCAUGUGUAUAUUUAAUGGGUUCGGCGGCCCCUCAUAGAGUCAACCAGGUUGAAUGAAGAUUACUCCAAAAAGUGUUCAGUUUUCCACUUGGGCGGCUUUAGUUCUAACAUCAUCAGAUCAUUAGACGGUGGAGAACUUGACUGGACUUGUCCAGUCCAAGAGAGGUCAGAAGGCAGAGUUGUGCUGCAGAGGACAGCUGAUCUAAGAAGAUGAAAAUGAAAAAGUUCUAUUAACCACCACCUCAGCUUUGGAAGCCCAAACUUGGAUGUUUUGAAGAUCUACAUCUUCUUGGACUUUUGCAAGUAGCUGCUUGCGUUUUUAAAUUGCCUGGAAAAACUGAUGCUGACGUGAAUGUUAAUUCCUUAAUAAUUGCUUGUCCUUGAGCUCUGUUUACUCAAAUUCUCUGGAAAAGUUGGCAUAGAGAUUUGAUAGUAAGUAGGCCUAUGUCCAAUUCUACUGGAAACUUAGAGUUCUAGAAGGGUUAAUCCUCCUCCACUCCCAAAUGCAAUCUUGACUAUGAGUGAAACAGAGAGGAAGCGUCCGGUCAUUGCUGGCAGAGAAAAAGGGCCAGGACCUGGUCGAUACAUCCUUCCACCGGCUAUCGGCUUUGUAGGCCACGAUUUCACCAAGUCAACAAGUCCUGCCUACUCCUUCCAUGGCAGGAUGAGUAACAACAUGCAUAGCAUUGACUGUAGUCCAGGGCCUAAAUACCAUAUCGAUGCCAAACUGACUCGCUUUGGAAGAGACGGCACCCCUGCCUAUUCCCUACAUGGCAGGACAGAAAGCCGAGCAGCAGUCUUCUCCACCCCUGGACCAGGAGCGUACAGUCCUGAGAAAGCCUCUCUGUGCAGCAUCCAUCGCAAACCGCCAUCCCACACCAUGGGCUAUCGAACACAGUAUCGCUCCGUGGACACCAUACCGGCCCCAAACAAGUACACCCUCCCUUCUCUCAUGGGCUCCAGUGUCUUGACAAAAGCGUCCAGUGCCAGUUACAGCAUCUCUGGGAGAUGCAAAUCUGGGGGUCCAUCAGAGGACUUAUCUAAAACUCCAGGUCCUUGUAGAUACAACCGCACAGAUCCCAGUGUCUACCUCCCGAGGCAGCCGGCGUUCUCUAUGCUGGGGAGACACACUGCUGCAAGGGAGUCCACAGUGGCACCAGGUCCUGGAAGUCAUAACCCAGAGAAAGUGACAGUGCACAAGCCAAGACCUCCUGCUUUCUCUUUAGGGACCAGGCACUCGGAGUUUGUGACCCCUUUAAUAGUAGAUCAGUAGUAUUUUGAAGGCUAUAGUUGUACAUAUAGAUUUUUUCUGUUCAGUUUGAAAAUUGUCAUUGCAUGUUUAAAAAGGUUUGCCAUUUGUCUCAGAGUGAACUCUGAUCAUGCUUACAAAGAACAAUUUCUAGUCAAUUAAAUAUUGUAGAAGUGAGCAUAACUAUAAUUUAAAGAAUUUCAGUGACACUUCAAUUGACAAAAUUAUAAAAAUAAUUUUACAGAACUCACAUUUACAAACAAUUUCUAGCCAGUGAAAUGGCACAUAUAUGAAGAGUUCAGAUGCAAAAGCCUCUAAGUGCCGUUU